AUGAGUCCGGACCCUCACGCUGGUGACCCCAAGGCUCUCAAGAAUCGUUCAGGGAUGAACGCCGAGAGGCUAAACUUCUCACAAAUACAAAGUGAAAAUUUCCCUCUCACUGACAGCAUCAUCGUCCCCAAGAGUCGUGUUGCUCGCGCUUUGGAUACUUGUAUCAGCAAUCUCAAGAAUCCAGGGAAGCAUAGGCUCAAGCUCAGAAGGUCUCGCUCCUUCGAGUCUGAGAGAAGCAUCCUGUCUCACGACGUUACGCAUCCCGCAUCUGACCUACCCCCAGUGCCAGACCUGAACGAUCUGCCUGAAAAAUAUCCCACCGUCUCUGCUCGGUUGCCCAAGAAACUGCAAGUCAGCAAAACUGACGGUCAACAGAAGGAUCUUGAUAAAGCAUCCCCCAAGGAAAGUUCUUUCAGAAGAAAGUUCAGCAGAACGAUGACUGGUGGCUCUGUCGAGAAAGCCAGCAGCAUGGACAGAAAGAGCUGGCAGACCCAGUCCUCCUCCACUGCUGAUGGAGGAAAGACUCGCUCUCUCCGCUCCGCCUCGGUCACGGCGGCUGAUAAAGAUCUGGCUGAAGCAGUUACCGCAGCACCUAUUGAAGGAGACCUCGAAAAGCUCAAGAUUUCUGACGGCCUGAAGAGAGAGGGAAAGCCUGCUGCUAUCAAUACUGCGCAGCCAAAGGUCGUCAAGUGCCUCAGAUCGCCUGGUGACUAUGUGUUCCUUGAUCUGGACACCCCCGGAGAGAAGAGCGACGAGGAUAGCGACUCCAGCCCCGAUCUUUCCCCCAAGGCCAAAGGUACUGAAGACGAAUCUGGCGAAGGUGCGAACGACCAGGAUCCCAAGAGCAUUCUCGAAAAAAGACUCGAUGAAAUCCGCCACAUCACGAAGACCAUAUUCCAGGGACAGUCGGAUGAGGAUACCAAGUCUGGAGAGGCUCCGCAUGACGCCAAAAAAUGGGAUGCAAAGAACAUGAAAUGCACCAAGUGCUUCGGAGACUGCCCAAUCUGCGGCAAAGCCUGUUGCAUCUUCGACAUUGCUCGCCGCACAGCUGCCGAGGCAGAUCCCACCUCUGAACAUGCCGAAGCAGCAAAUCAGAUUCUCAAGAUCAUCCAGAAUCUGGGCUGCAGAGUCAUGGAGUCAAGCACCUACUCUCUGUGCACCACGCCCGGAGGCUGCGGACGUGCAAGGACUGCAAGGAAGAUCCCUGGGCUGCGUGCGACUGGCAUGAUUACUGAUGCUGCCAUGAAGACUACUCGAUGCGAAUCUCACGAACAGCUCGCCGCAGCGACCGAAUCGACUUUACCACCCAACGCCAACCGACAUAACCUCGUCUCGACCGGCUGCGCAUCUCCAACAUUCAAGAUGCGUACCUACGACGAUUCUUUCAGCGGUCAGAAGAUCUACCCUGGAAAGGGUAAGCUGUACGUCCGUGGCGACAGCAAGAUCUUCCGCUUCCAGAAUGGAAAGUCCGAGUCCCUGUUCCUCCAGCGCAAGAACCCUCGCCGGAUAGCCUGGACUGUCCUCUACCGCCGUCAGCACAAGAAGGGUAUCUCUGAAGAAGUUGCCAAGAAGCGCACCCGCCGUGUCGUCAAGCACCAGCGUGCCAUCGUCGGUGCCUCCCUUGAUGUGAUCAAGGAGCGCCGCAGCAUGCGCCCUGAGGCUCGUGCCGCCGCUCGCCAGCAGGCUAUCAAGGAGGCCAAGGAGAAGAAGGCCGCUUCCGAGAGCCGCAAGAAGGCUGAGAAGGCCAAGAACGCCGCCAGCGCCGCCAAGGGCACUGCUCAGCGCAUCCAGAGCAAGCAGGGUGCUAAGGGUUCUGCUCCCAAGGUCGCCGCCAAGUCUCGUUAA